CCGGACGGCGUUCUCGGGCAAGCUGCUGCUCCUGUUCAGCAUCUUCUGGCUGUACGACAUGGAUAACAGGGUGAAGAGCCUCUUCUUGGAGCACCGCAUCAAAGAACUCAUCAGGCUGACGGACUUCACCCUGCUGGAGACGCACGUACCGCCACAUAAGGAGAGCGAGUGCGUCACCUUCUUGCCGAACUCUUUCAGCCGCUCGCCCGACAGCAAUCGCCAGACGUUCACUAUGAACGCCGUGCUUGCGUGGAUGGACCGCGCGGCGUCCCAGGUGGACCAAGGCUCAGUGUGCUUCACGCUGACACUGGCGGUGAUACGGUUCCUGCUGCCGCUGGCGCACACGAGCUUCGGAGAGACCUGCCAGGACUUCUACCCGGUCUCGUACAUGCAGGCGAGUGCGCUAGAACCACUAACUAAAGUUGAUGUUACGGAACAAUAAUGUUUAAACAGUGAACGAUACGAACACUGAACUCUGAUUCGGCUUGUGUCAGCCCGUUAUGGCUAAU